UUGAAACCAUUUAAAUGAAUUAUUGCAAUUAUCUAAAUGAACAACUGCAACUAACUAAAUGAAACAUUACAUUUGUUGGUAAUUUUAAAUUUUGGUAUAGACCACUGCAAUAUUUGGCAAUGAACCAGUGUAAUUGUUGAUAAUUGUAGCAUCUGGUGAUUAUAGCAUUUGGUGAUUGUAGGACUUGGCGAUGAGCCAUUUUAAAAUUUUGUGUUAUCUAUUGCAACCAACUAACCACAACUAAAAUAAAAUGCACAACAAUCACAAAAUAAAUUAGGAAAGGGAGAGAUUCAUUUUUAAAAGUUCAUUAAGGAUCUUGGAAAAAAACAUAUAAACUCAGGAAAGUUUUAUUACUUUGAAAAGAAUGUCAAAAUAUUUAAGGAUGUGUCUUCUCAUUCAAAAAAUUGCAUAGAUUUUUUUUAAAAAUAUUUUUUCAUUUCUUUUAUAUCUAUUUAUCUACAUUUUAAAUAAUCUUUAAAAUUAAAUAAAAAUAAUAUGGUAGUUAUAUUUUCUUAGUAAUUUGAUUACUUUAAUAAUAUUAUAUAUUUACAAAAUUAAUAUAUUAAUACUUGUAUCUUCUGAAUUUCACACUAUUUUUUUUUUGGUCGGUUAACCCCAAAUUUUCACUUAAGCACAAAACUACUAAUGCAAAAUACAUGUAUUAUCAAUAAAAAAAUAUAACUGUAUACAAGAUAUUUUGUAAUACAUGUAUUUCUUCGCAAGCAAUUGUAAAUUUUUUUUUUUAAGUUUUUCUAAUUAAAAUCACUAAUUUAAACGAUUGAAAAAAAACACUUAUUCAAUAUACAAAACUUUAGAUUAGAUAGGUAACAUGAAAUCCAAUUAGUACAACUAAAAGCUCUACAUCAAAUAUUGAUGAUGAUGCAGAAUCAACUGUCCAAAAAUAUAUAUUUAAUGGGAUGCACUCAACUUUCUAGCAUAUUAUUCACAUUUUCAUAAAAUAUUUUUAAAAAUAGUACCGAAAUUUAUAUAGAUUUUGCUUUGGAUAGGUGAAAACUCUAAACUGAAAUAGAUUCAAAAUGAACAUGACACUUAUUUAUGUUAAAAUUCCCCUUGAUUUGUGGUGUUUCUGGGAUAAAAAUGAUAAUAAUUAAAAACCAAUAUGGGAGUAGAGAAAUCUUGACGCGAGUAUGCUAUACGCGCCCCCAAAAAAUCUCUGUCGAGACAAACCUAAUUAUUUACGGCGAACUUCGGCGAAUCCGAUCGGAUACGUCGCCGGCUACUCUUCCGUUAUACACAACGGUGAGUCCAUUUUACAGGCUCAUCUUCUCCACCUCUCUCUGCCAUGGCCUCCUCGAUCUUGAAUUCUUCAAAUUUCCACGUUACGAAACCACUGGUGGAGCCUCCUGGUGAUAGCAUUUUGGUUGAAGCUGCUCUUACUCCUCCUUCAGUCGACUCUGAAACUGUUGAAGGUUCUAAAGAUUCAGAUUUGAAGAAAGUAAUGGAUACUGAUACAUCUUCAAUUUCUCCUUCUUCACGGCUUGGGGCAUGAGCUCAACCGCUCAAAUUCAUCAAUCCUUCGUCAUUGAUGAACUCGUCUCUUGAAUCAAAUGGAGAAGAAGUUGCUCGGGAUCACUGGCCGUCUUUGCCGAGUCAGAAUUCUGGAAGGAUGGGAAGAAAGGUUCCUGCGACUAUGUCUAAUAAGUUUGUAACUCAUGGACUCCCAAAACCGUUAGACAGAAAGGAGGACGAUCUUCGGUUUCCUUGGGCUGCAAAAAUGAAUCCGGCAUCGCGUAAUCUGUAUAGAGCAACAAAACCAGAAUAUCUAGAAGACGGCAUGCCAAAGGUAACCAUUCCUUCACAUGUUCUGCUCCAAGGUCUACAAAACCAGAAAGAAUACAUCUUAGGGCAAUUCUAUAGAUGCUCUCCUCCUCCUGGUGGUUUAAUUUAUGCGGUUUUCAACAAGUUAUGGGGUAGAAACUGCAGAAUUACCAUUAGGAAGUUGGGUGAAUCGAAUUAUUUGUUUCACAUUCCGGAUGAAGCCUCUAGGACUUGGGUACUUCAGAGGGGUAUGUGGCAUAUUGAUGACUGUUUAAUGGUUGUUGCUCCAUGGACUCCUGAAGCAACUUUGGCUAUCCCUAAGAUCAAAACUAUUCCUAUAUGGGCGACUUUAAAGAAGAUACCCAACAUUAUUUACUCAAUUCCAGGAACUGGAUUGGGAGCUCCAAUGGCGACUCACAAACCCCGUUUGGAUCCCAUUCACAUGGGAGAAGCAAAAAAUCUAGUUGAAGUUGAGUUGAGUAAAGCUUUCCCGGCGAGGAUCGCUGCAACUGAUACAACAUGUUUUAUUUUUAUGGUGUAGAAUAUGCUUGGUUAUCCACUAAUUGUAGUAGAUGCGGACAGUUAGGACACAAAGUGAAGCGUUGUCUGCAAUCUGACAAUGGCAUGGAGAUAUCUCUUUCUAACACUCUCCCCGCUGAUCUAGUUAAUCCAAACGAGGAUGAUCUUCAUUCACUCACGACAAUCUCGAUACUUGAGAACAUGUGUAUGUCUCCAACAGUUAUUUGCAUCAACGACCCUAUGGAGUCUCCGAUCUUGGAGUCUGCUCAAAAGUUAUCAUCAGUCACCACUCCUAUUGCCAACACAAUUUCUACGGUCCAAAGGGAUGGUAGUAGAACAGCUGAGCCUGACUUUGGCUCUAACAAAUUUGCUUUAUUGUUCAGUGCGGAGGAAGAAGAAGAUUCAUCAGAUUUGGAAGAAGAUCCGGAUUCGAUGGAUCUCAUGACACCUCCAGGCAAAAGAAUCCUUCGAGAAAGGCCAGUUAAACCAUCAACAAGUCGCGGACGGGGAAACAGAGGACGUGGGAACCGUGGUGGACGUGGUUAGAGUUGUUAUGCCGCGAACUCAUUAUCAAUUAGAGCUUGAUCUGAUUGUUUCUGGUUCAUAUUAUGUUCCCUUUAUUUUGUAAAAGCUUUUUAAAAAACUGUACGACUUCAAUAAAAAAAAAAAAACCCAAUGUGGGAGCAGAGCU